AUGGCGUUUAUGGGCUUCCUUACUUUUGUAACAGCAAGUAACACAAUUUUAUUGAUAACAGGAGCAUUAUCGUUGCCUUUGUAUUUUUCAUACUUUGGUACUGAAGCAGCAGUGAGAUUUUCUUUGUUUUUGUGUGUACAUUCUGCCAUACUCGCCGCAAUACCGGAUGUUGUAGUGAGUCUAAUCCUCGGUUAAUGAAUUAUAAGUUAUGUUUUGUUUAAAGAUUCUCAAAGCCCUGUUCAUAUCUGUCCAUUUUAGCCCUGUCAACUAGUCUGGUCAGGUUUCCGAGAUCCAAUCCCUUCACUCAUUUUGUUGUGGAAACUGUCAUGUGUUCCCAUUAUUAACUGAGUGACCCUGUCCUCGACUGUGUAUUUUCUGUUCAGUAGACCUUGAGGUUCAGAGUGCUUGUAGAUGAUAGCGAUUAUCACAAUAGAGAACACUACUUGGUAAAAUUUCCGCACAGCCCCAUACUAUUGUAAAACAAAUCUGUUUUCCCAAUGGCAAUGUAUUGUUUUAGUCAUUGUUUUCUCUAUUCAAGAACUGAAUUUUAAUUUGCAUGUGCGGAUGAACCCACUACCUAAGGGCUGUGACCUUAACAAAAAUUGUGUUCAUUACUGCAAAGAUCACUUUCAUAUUCUCUUCUUUGUCUGCAGUUCUCAUUUAUGAUUUUUAUAUAUAUUCACAGUCUUUGUGUACUUGUAUAGAUUGUUAACCCUCUUCAGGUCUCAGGGGAAUUCCAAGCUUUAUCUUUUGUAAUUAUGGGUACAUAUGCACAUGAAUAAGAUGAAAUUUGUGAUAGUGUAGUCUGAUUGUCUGAGUGAGUGUAGUCCUGAGAAGGACUGUUGUCAGUAGUGGUGACUAAUGCUUCAACAACCUGAGUGGAAGUCAUUAUCAGGGUCAGGUGAAUAUUUGUUGCAAGUUGAAUAUUCUAAGUCCAGUUCUUAUAAACUGAUUGGUCAGUUUUGCCAUAAUAUAAUCGGCUGUAAGACUCAAGUGGUCAUGAUUGGUUGGUUUUGAUCUGUUGGUAAAAUUAGGUCAACCUGUUUGGUUUGUUUGUUUUUUAAGCCAUUUGUAUGGUGAACCUGUUGCAAGGAGUUUGUUUUAAGUUAGUAAACCAUCUUUCCAGAGUCAGUCACUAAAAAUAGUUAGUGCUGUAGGUUGGGCAUUGUGCUGAGUCCCAGUCAAUAUUGUGUUUUAUAAGGCACUAAUUUUCAGCAAUGUGAUUGUUGACAUCACCUUUCCUGGUUGCCUGCUUGUGUUUAGUCAGUCUUGUUAUGUGGUUUCUGCUAGUCUUGGUUUAGUUGAAUUGAACAUUUGCUUAACAUCAACUUACAUUCAGUGUAACAUUAAACACUACAAAAUACAGCUAUGAGGUCUCUGGUUUCUGUUGUUGUGACACAAAUUGUGAUGUAGAAAAGGAGGAACACACCCUUUUGAUUUUCCAACAGAUGAUACCAUCUUGGAUAUCUUGUGUUAACAAUACAUUCACUGCUAUGCAAAAAAACAAAAUCAAUACAUUACACCAGAUGAAACACUGACAUACAGUUUACCAGAGAAGUCAAAGGAAAUGGUAAACUUCCUCUUCUAGGCUGUCUAAACCAUGACUACAACUUGCUAUAUACAACAGUUUACAGGAAACCAACAUACACUAGCAGAUUACGAGACAAGUCAUCCUACAACCCAUCAUCACACAAAGCCACAACUAUCAGGACUCUAACACAACAAGCACAAAUAGUAUGCAACACAACACACUGCUUAUCCAAAGAGAAGAAAUACCUUGAUUAUAGAUUUUUUUAUUAUAAGACAGAAUGUAUUUUACUUCUUGGAAGGUUUAAGGUUAAUAAAUGAACAAUAAAAUCUAAAACAAAGUAGAUCAUGAUCAAUUUAAAGUGAACACAUUCUUUACAUUUUAAAAAUCAGUCCCUCCUGUUCAAACAAGUACUUAUUUGCCGUCAUCCUCUCUAUGCAUCCUCAGAGAACACUUAAGGCCAUAUUCAAACACAAAAACUGCGGUGAAUUUAAAUGUGUAAUCUGCUCUUUUUUAUUUUUUGUUCACCCUUUAGAAAGCUGCAAUACCUAUGCUACAGUUGCUGUCAUUUGCUGUUCUCCUUUUCCUCCCUUUCAACACAGCCCCAACCAUUGUGGUCUGGUGCUAUCUGAAGCUUCUUCAGUGUUCAGAAUUUGCACUUUUGUUUGUUGAGGCAAUACAAGUUGUUUUAGUGGUGAUGUACAUCAGUCAAUCUUUUGUGAAUGAGAUUGAAGACCAACCAGUUAUAGUUAAGGUAUUCUAUAGUUACUAACUAAGCCUCUGUGGGCCUUCAGCAACAGCAUUUGGGUCCCUUUUCAUAUUUACAGUGACUAAGUAGUCUUAGUUCUUUUUUUUUCCACUUUGUCUAUUGUAAGCAAUGACUGAGAUUGUGUAUCUUCUGUGAAAUCAGAAGCUACAUGUAAAGGUGAUUUUAGUUCAACUUUAUGUUAAUUAUUUAAAUUAGCAAUUUAACAAUUAUUUACCAAAGUGGAGGUGAAUGAUAAUGGUUAUCUACUGAGAUGCAAAGCAGUGAGGUAACUAUCCACUACUGUCCCCAAAACUGAGGUGAAUAGUCAUUUUAAUAUAUUCCUUGCAUGAACUAAAAAAUAAGUUUAUUUCAGUCAAUGAACCAUAAAAUGGUGGGAAAUUAAAUUGCUGAUGCAGAAUUUUUUCUUUAACUGGAUGGAGCAAAACAGUACUUGCUUAUUAUUUCUGCACCAGUCAACCAGUGCCCUCUAAAAGCACUAUUUACCUGUGUGGUAGAUACAAAGAAUAAUUAUUAUUAUUUUACAUACAGUUAACAUGUGAUUUUAUUCAUCCAAGAGUGUACAACCUCAGUUGCCUGUUUGUUUUUCAGACUUCUAUUUUAGCAAUCUCAGGAGUUGCAUACAUUUUGUCAAUAUAUCUCAGCUAUCAUUUGUUCACAGAUAUUCACUCAACACACACAGAAACUUGGUGAGUCUUAAGCUUUCAUUUUUGAUGGAAUAAUAAUUGUCCAAGGGUUCUUUACACUCAUUGGAAGGGCCUUAUUACUUGGAAAAGAAGCUUGAUGUGUCUUAGUUCCUGGAUAUGGCUUUACAGAAUGUAACCCUGUGCUAAUUGUAUCACAUUCAAUUUUUGAGAGGAAAAUUUUGAACCCAAUAGUGCUGAAAGUUAAAUGAUUGUGGUUUAUAGUUUACAAUCAGCUUUGGUUGUUUAAAGUUUGCAUACAGUUUUCAUUGUUCAGAGCAUUGUAAAGAAAUCCUACAGAAUAUUGCAGUUUUUCACGCAGUUUUAAACCACAGAUUGCCCAAAGCUCUGAAUUUUCCCACAGUCCUUUUUCCUUAAUUUCAUUAAAUUGCUGACUGUAGUGAAGAUUAUUUUCUUCCUAUGUUUUUCCACAUUCACCACAUUUGUAGAUUCUCAAACAGACUCAAUGGAGGCUCCUCCAGAAUUCCAAAAUAUAUUUAAUAAUUAUAAAGAUUUCCAAAUGACCCCAAAGGAUUUUCUUUCAAAGCUUUUUACAAAUAAUUUCUUUUUUCAAAUACUCCUGUUACAGGUGUGCAGGAGUUGCAGUCAUUUUAACAAUUUUGGUGUUAUUUAUUUGCUUGUAUAAGGAAGAAGGCAAGUAGCUCUGAUAGCAACAAGCUAAAUGUAGUGAGAAUUCCGGACAGUGAUUUACUGGAGUGUGGUCUUUUCUUCAUCAGAGAACCAUUCUAUUGAUCAGUGCAUGCAACCAUGCACAGACUUUUAAUCAGAGGAGAUAUAUUCAAAUGGCAUAAAUAACUAAGAAUGCAAGUCACAGAUUCUAGUCAAAGGAGAUAAAUUGGAAUGGCUGAAUUAAUUAAGAGUGCAAGUCACAGUUUGGUUAAUUGUAAUAGCAGAUAAAGUAACAGUUAUGAGUAUGCCUUGGAUAAAACCUAUACAUGUAUUCACUGAUUUAUUUAAGAAAUAGACCACAUUCUACAUUAGUGUUGCACUGAAAUUAAGCCCACACAGGAUAUUGGGAGAACAGGAGGAAAGUUCAUAAAUCAUGAACCAUAGAAAGUGCAGUCUGGUUCAUUGGUAAAAUAUAUGAAGCCAAUGUCAGUAUAUAUCUAUUUGUUUAUAUGAUGUUUGAGUUUUACCUGCCUAUGUUUAUAAGACAAAUGUUGAAUAUUUGACCUACUUAAAAGAAAAAUAUAUUUUUAUUGCAUUUCCUCUUUUCUUUCUGUAUUCCUUCAGGUAUCAUAUCUGAUGCAGCUGUUGUUAGCCUUGUGAUGAUUUUUAUAGUUUGGGCUAUGAAACAGGAAAGAUUGAUGCAAGAAAAUUCCUUAGAUGUGCCAUCACAGUGGCUACAGUAAGUUUUUUGUUCCUGCUUGUUCAUAAACCAAACAGUUGUCUCUGUCUUUGCAUUUUAUUUUUCUGCCUCACUUUAUUAUACAAACAGAAAGCAUAUGCUAUGUUACCGUACAGGAGUUGACUGAUUCGAUAGGUCGUCUGCAUUUUACAUAGAGGGUAGCCAAGUUGGGGGGGGGGGGGGAAGGAGGGAGGAGGUGUUUUCAUACACGAAAGUUUGAAAAAUUCACGGAACACAUGCACUUUAGGCAGUAUUUCACUCGGAUUUUGGAUUUAAAAGGACAAUUUCCAGAUCUUAGCUUGCCUUGCCCUUCUGAGAAAUUCACGUGUCACGUCUUAAUUUUGAGCUUAAUCAUGCGUCACGCACAAACCCUUUGCCGCCCUCUACAUAGUACCUGUAUUCUUUCUGAUUUGUUUGAAAUGAGAAGUUUUCUUGGAAUGCCGUUCACUCCUUCAGAGUUCCUUUUCGUUUUUAUCUAGUGAAGGGUACAAAUUUUGAAAGUGUACAGAGCCUUUGUUAUCCCCACCCCUCUCCCCCUUCAGGGCCUCUUUACUCUCUACUGCAGUCUAGGGAAAUGGCCGGCCACAAAGUAGUAUUGUAAAGAUCCUGAAAUCCUUCCAAAUAAGGGCCUAUGUUCAAGAGUUGAAAAGAGUACAAGUCAACAACAGAGAAUGUAAUCGUACCCCACCCCUGUGGCCAAGGGUUUAUAUUCGACAUGGGGUAACUGGAGGUUCUCAGGAAAAAUAAUGCAUGUUGAUCCAAAUACUUUGUGAUUUCGACUGAAAAUAAAUACUAUCUGCCGUGAGGACACAAGUAGAAGGAUUUGGGGGCAACCUUGUGAAAGUAAAGGUCAAUUUGUUUCAUUACAGUGGGCGAACUCGCAAAGGUGGUAGGGAACGAACUAACAAUUGGACGAAACCUCCAUAAAGCUGAGGUGAUAUGUCACUGUGGGUCGAGUUCGUUGCUGGUUUCUGUUUACUGUUUCCUUUAUUUUUCCGUGUUGUCUCUCUCAAAAAUAUCUCAUUUAUUAUGCAUAUUUAUUUAUUUAUUUAUUUAUUUAUUCGUGUACAUAUGCAGUUUGUUUCGGUCGGAAACAUAGGCUCUGCUGCAAAUCUUUCGUAAUUUGUUUUAUACCCUAUGCUUUUUAAAUAGACAAGUCGCCGAUAACCGUUCAUUCCUCAAGGUGUUCUUAUCGAUGGCGAAAGUAAGCAUAGGUAUGUAAAGAUGCUGCCUAUAAACUGUAAACGUGAAGGAAAGAAAUUAAUGUACCUUUCAUUUGAUAUAUAAGUAGUUUUCACUGUAACUUCUUUUACGUAAAUGUCAGGUUUUUGUUAAAAAUUAAAAUCAGUCAUUAGCCAGUUGUUCUUGCUUUAUUUUCCGUGUUUGUUAGACUGCUUCUACAUUUUACAAGUUUGGUAUCUCGUCUUAUAGCCAAGCUGGACUUACAGCCGAGUAAAUACUGUACAUGUAAUGCAGGUUGACGCGGCUGGUUCAAUCAACUAAGAGCCACUAUGGUUACCGGUCACUUCGCCUGAUAUUUGUCGGUGAACUGACCAAUGGUUUCCGGGUAAUGCCACUAUUAAGGACAUUCCGUAAAGUCGUAUCAAGUACCUUAAGACAAUACUCGAGGGUUGCUGCGUUUGAAUCCAGUUGGUUUGUCUUGGCCUGUCAUUUUGAAACCCCCAAGCUGAAUCGCAUCCUGUUCGUCAAUGCGUCUAUCUUUACUUCGAGCUUUUGAAUCUGAAGCAAUUGUGAACGAGUUCCUUCACGCUUUUCCUAACUCCGUAUAAAAAGCUGAAUGCAAGUGGCGAAAAUAAACAACCUCGUGAUGUCAUAUCUAAUUUCACUAUCUACUCUUUGAUUAAUUGAUUUGUUUUCAUUUUUCAGCGCAUGCCACGCGUGUUAAAAGAAUAUUUUCGGUGUUCAUCUCACCCACGUGUCUUCUGCUUGCUUUGAUGAGGAUUGCAAGUGUUGUUGGGUUCGUGACUUUGACUCCGACUUUCUUUCACCAGAAAGAGGUAAGCAGUAACACUGAAACAUUUCAAUAACUUCGCUCAAUUACCUUUAAAGUCUGUCCAGUAAGGGUUUGGCUCGUUUCUUGUCUCUGAAUAAAUUUCUUUUGUUUGCUUUCAUUUCAAAUUGGCAAUCAGAAACCUUUAAAUUCUAGGAUAAAGGCAGCUGCUUUUAACAGAACAAGGGCGUGCAUGCGUCGAGCAGCUAUACAUUUUCUUUUCAGUGGUUUGGCGUGAUAUCCGGACAAUAACUUCUAGCUGUUACUUAGUUUAUUUUCUUGGCUACACUUAUCUGCAUGGCUGUGUAUUGAUACUGUAAGAAGGGAUUUCUUAACGGUCAUUAAUAGCAGUGAAAGGAUGUGAUUAAAGUCAUCUAGUCUAUUUUUUAGGAUGAUGAAUACAGUACAUUACAGGAAGUGGAUCUCCAGCCCCACAGAAAAGGUCUCAGACCUCUUUACCUUCGCCUGAUCAUUAUUUUUGUGUGCACACAAGUUGUCGUUCGCACCAUCGCCUCUACAACAACAGACCGUCAAUACCUUAGCCAAGUUACUUCUUUUACUGACAUGUUACCUGGCAACAGAGUGUGGCGGAUCAUGCAACUGCUAUUAGUCACAACAACCUACAUUUAUCAGAUGUUCAAGGAUGAAUACCAAUGAAAAAAACUCAAGGGAAGGUUACUUCACUUUAAGACACCAAACAUUUAAGAUGUAUAUCUUCUUAAUGAGAACGAAAAGAUAGGUAUUAAAUGACAAGGGAAAGUAAAUGACGGCGCACAAAUCCGUGGGGCCCUGGAUUGACGCAAGGCAUCAUGUGGUAACUGAUAACGUGGCGUAAUGAAGUCAUUCAGUGCGUUGGUAUUGAUUAUAGGUGAUAACCAUCAUGAGUACGAUCCUAUCAAGGAUGUUGUUUGACUUUACUUUUUUAGGCGGACUCACCAACAAUAUUAGAACGCAACAUCGCACUGUAAUGUUGCAGUUUUCCUCCAAUAAGAAAGGGACAUUUAAACCGUGUUACAGGAAAGAAUUUGAUAUGGAAAUGAGAAUAGAUAUGUUGCAAUAUGUUUCUGUUGAUGGUUUAGUCUUUACAUCUAGAUUAAAUACUGAGG